AUGGCUAAUUCAUGCGGCAUGACAGGAUACGAAGUCGUUGGAGGCUACCUCUCCCCCGUAUCGGACGCCUAUAAGAAGAAGGGUCUGGCCCCUGCAAAUCACCGAAUUCGAAUGUGCGAAAUCGCCGCCGAGAACACCUCUAAAUGGCUUAUGGUUGAUCCCUGGGAGGCCCUGAGUCCAACUUAUAUUCCCACUGCCCGCGUCUUGGACCAUUUCGACUACGAGAUCAACCAUGUCAUGGGAGGCAUCGAGUGCUCCGACGGCACCCGUAAGCCGGCCAAGAUUGUCCUGCUGGCCGGCGCCGAUUUGAUCCAGACCAUUAGCACACCGGACAUUUGGGACGCCCAGGAUGUGGAUCACAUUCUGGGUAACUUUGGCGUCUUUGUCCUGGAACGAACAGGGACCGAGCUUGACUCGGCUCUGGCGGCCCUGAAGCCUUGGGAGAAGAAUAUCCACGUCAUUCGACAGGUUGUGACAAACGAUAUAUCCAGUACCAAAGUCCGACUUCUCUUGAAGCGAGAUAUGAGCAUCGAUUAUCUAAUUCCGGACGAUGUCAUUAAUUAUAUCUACGAUAAUAAUCUGUACCGCGAGCUGGACCUGGCUGGUGGCAGCAAGGGAAAGGAGAAGGCAGAUGUGACUGCCGGACCUAGCUCCAGCUGA